GUGGUUGGUUUCGGGUGGAGUAAAGUUGGAUGUGUACUACACAUUUUUUUUCAUCCAAAUUAGCCAGGGAACUAUACGAUGUCUUAGCAGCAAGGCCAUAAUAAUUCUGAAAGAAACCUACGUUUUUAUCCUAGAAAACGAGCAAAUAAGUUUAUGAUGGGUGAUGUAAGUGAAGAAUCGUUGCUGGAUUAUUUCUAUUCGGCCGGAGGGAAAGUGAAAAAUGCAGAGUUAAUGAAAACAUACAAGCCUUUUAUUGGUCACAACGACAUGCAGCUUCGUGCCAAAUACAGAGAGGAGUUCAAACAGAUCAUCGACAGGAUUGCUGUUGUGAAAUCAGAGAACGGUGAAAAAUAUCUAGUUCUGAAGAAGAGGUACCGACAGCAGAAGCAGGACAGCGAGCCUGAUCAGCGGAUAGACAGACCCUCAUCUUCAGCCCAGUGGGAUGGGCCGGGUUUUGUGAGUCUCUCCCGUCCCCAGAGUGAACCAGACCUGCAGCUUGACCCGGCCAGGGAGGCCAGGAGCCCCAGCAUUACUGUUACGGAGGCACCUGAGCAGGAGCAAGAGGACCAGUGUGCUGAAAUGACCCCAUCACUGUCUGAAAUGACCCCAUCACCAUCUGAAAUUACCCCCUCACCGUCUUUUUCGGAGGAACCCCACCUGCAAAGCAACAGGGAGGAUGAGCUAGAAAAGGAAUCAGGGUCAAAGUCAGAGUCAGAAGAGCAGGAAGAGGAAUGUACUGGCAGUAUGGGAUCUACCCCAGUGGCUCUGGACCCUGUGGAGAAGGAAUGGAUCUACUCUGCUGCAUGUGGCUGUCUCUCUGACCUCACCCAACUACUAAAACAGGAGCCCUCCCUGGCCAACAAGAAGGACUUCACUUCAUUUACAGCUCUCCACUGGGCAGCCAAACAUGGCAAAGAGGACAUGGCAACCAUGAUGGCCAAUGCUGGGGCAGAUGUCAACACUAAGUCUCAUGGGGGCUAUACACCCCUCCAUAUCGCAGCAUUGCAUGGCCAUCGACACAUUCUGGAGCUUCUCAUUGGAACAUAUGGUGCAAAGGAGAACGUCCGGGAUUACAGUGGCCAUCUGGCCUGCCAUUACCUGAACAUCAGAGAAGCUCCGGAGGACAUGGAGUUUGCAGAGCUCCAUGUGGCCCAGGCCAGAGAACGUAGCCGGAACAGAAAGUUGCCCUCAUUGUUUCAGUCCAAGAAGAAGUGGGGCUCAGCAGAGGACCUGGCCCCUGUAGAAGAGGAGAGGCUGGCCACAGCACCCCAUCAACUCCUGGUCCCUGCAUUCAGACCCAGGAAAUUCUCACGCUAAGGAACCAACCAAAUAUCCCACAUACUUUGCAUGCUGCAUAUCUAUAUCAUAUUGUGUUUUUAUGAUGUAUUUUAUAUUAGAAUUCUACUUUAUUUUAUUUUACCCCAAGUUUAAUUUAGAAAAUGAACAAAUGUGACAUACAUGUGGAAUGCAGACAUUAUUUCUUGUUGCCAAGAUGUUGUGACACACCAGAUUUGAAGUGCAUUGUUUACAUGUUGAUGAUUGCACUAUGUUGUUCUUGUCAGUUGGUUAAAAAAGGGAUGUUGUUUUGUCUACCUAUAGGUUGACACUCAGUAUUUUAUUGAAGGAGAAAACAUUAAAAGUAUCGGAAUAAAGUAGAGUUCUUGAAGUACCUUAUUCCAGUUGUAAUUUAUUUGCUAUGGUUUUUCAUAUUGUUUUUUUACCCAGUGGCCUGUAUUGUUUCAGUCUGAACAUUCCUCUCUUCAGGUAUGAAUUGCUUUGCACAUUAUUUAUGUUUUAAAAUUAAACUGCCUUGUGCUACUCC